AUGUCUUCCGGCUUUGUAUCAGGCGGCACCGCAGAUGCCCCCAUUGAGCGGAGCGAUGAAUGGCUUGUCGCCCAAAAGGAAAUCGAUGCCAAUGCCGUUCGAAAAGCAGAAGCAGCUCGACAAACCGAGGAAAGGAGCUUAUUCGAGACCUUAGAAGCUAACAAAGCUGCCAAACAAGAUGCAUUCGAAGAAGCAAAUCGCCUGAAGAACCAGUUUCGCGCGCUUGAUGAAGAUGAAGUGGAAUUUUUGGACUCAGUGCUAGAGAGCACGCGUGCUGAUGAGGAUAGGGUAAAGAGGGAGACUGCUGAAGGACUUGCGCUCUUUCGACAACAGCAAGAGGAAGCUGAUAAGGCGAGGAGGGGAAGUGAGGGUGUGGCAGUUGCCGAAGCGGGAUCGCCAAUUGCGGAGGAGGAAACAUGGAUUUCUGGGGCAAGGAAGAGGAAACGUGCCAAAGAGAAGGAUGUGCUUAAGGGCGUUAAGAUUCGGAGGUCUUCUACGGCCAACGAGAUCGGGAAACUCUCUGAAGAAGCUGCAUCUGCUACUGGCGACAGCCCUGCGACCAAGAAGCAAUCUACAGCUGCAUCAGCCGAUGCCACAGUAAACCCAAACAAGGCAACAUCAAGCUCCAGUACAAAGACUGCUGUCGUGGUGAAGAAACCUCCAGCAAAACCCUCACUAGGCUUGGUCGAUUAUUGUUCUGACGAGGACGACGAUUAA